AUGCAUUUCACCAAGCCGGCUCUCGUCGCUGCUUCUUUCUUAUGGGCUACCACCUUUGCCUCUCCCAUUAACUCUCCAACCAGACUCAGAACUAGAGGACUCAUCGGUGGCUCCACAUCCGAUGAUAACACAAAAAGUAUUGCAGGAAGUACCACUGCCGGCAAUGCUGUAGGAAGCGACGAUACAAAAAAUGCUUCAGGAAACAAUGCUGUCGAGGAUGCUGUAGGAAGUCUCAAUUUAGACGAUAUUACAGGAGGCCUUAGUGCCCGAGAUGACGACGAGGAUGUAGAAAGAAAUAUUUUCGACGAUCCGCAGCAUCUUAUCGACGGUGUUUCUUUCAGUAAUACAAGGCGUGGUAUUGUCGGCGACAAUGCAGGAGGUCUUACUGCCCGCGAUGUUUUAGGGCGUCAUCAUGGCCAUAAGAGUCAAGAAGGCGAGAUUGUCGACGAUGCACUUAAUAUUGCCGACGAUGCUACACCAGGUGGUAUUUUUGGCCGUACUACAAGGCGUGAAAUUGGCAGCGAUGAUGCGGGAAGUCUUACUGACCGCAAUGCUUUACGGCAUCAUCAUGAUCAUCAUAGCCACAAUGGUGAAGAAGGUAGUCUUUUCGGCGGUUCAGGAGGUGGUAAUCGUGCCGGCUUGAUAGUUAUCAAAUCCGGUAUUGGGAGGCGUGGUGUUGUCGGCGAUGAUGCGGGAGGUCCCACUGCCCGCGAUGUCUUAGGACAUCAUCGUACUCAUAAUGGUGAAGGAAACAUUAUUGCCAACGAUGCAGUUGAUGGUGCCCAAGAAACUACAAGAGGUGAUGAUUUGACCGACGCCCCACGCGGUACCGUUGAAGAUGCUGUGGAAGAUGAUACAGCAGGGCCUGGAUUUCUUACUGGUCUUCUGAGGCGUCUUGUUCUCCGCGAUAAUGACGGCGCUGUACAUGAUGCCAAUAAAGCUGUACACCAGGCCAACGAGAUUGUACAUAAUACCCUGCAUGGGUUGCUCCACGGAAUCCUACGCUGA